UUCUUGACUCUGGUACAUCCUACUUUUUCAUCGAAGUGUCAGCGAAUUCGUCAUCACGUCUUCAUCAGUUCCCGAUCUCGAAAUCGAGCAGACGAGAUAGCAUAUGCUUCAUCCUCCUCACGUGUUACAAUACACCUCCAACGCUCUCGUACACCCUGCAUCUGAUCAGACUGUACGAGAUUUACAUCGCUAGCAACUCAGGACAACCAUAAAGGGGUCGACUCUAGGCGUUAUAAGCUUGGGUGAUCAGGCCACGAUCAAGGGACUAGCGAUGCAUUCCACGCCGGGCACGCAGAACGUAUUCGCAAGGUUAUCUUUACCAGGUUUUCUGCAAAAGGCCUUACAAGAAGAAGGCUUCAAGACGUUGGAUGAUUUUCAGGGGGUGGAUGCGGUCGAGCUUGCGAAUGAUCUGAAGAUCGGAAGGGAUGUAGCGGAGGAUGUAUUGAGACAGGUGGAGAUGUGUCGAGCUGGCGCUCUUCGAUCACAGAUCCCCCGGUCUACCCCGGCUCCAUCGACCACACAUCUUCCGACGACGGGGACGCAGAACCACCAUCAUCUCCCCAACGCAUCUCAACCCGUCUCCUCUCUCGUCCAUUCGAGGUCCGCCCCGAAACCUACCUGGUCAUCAGGCAGUACGGCUAUCGACAGGCUCUUUCCUCCGCUCGCUGCGCUCGCACGAGCAGAGGCGAUCGUCCAGUCAGACUCGAAGUCGAACUCGAGGCCUAUGGUCAGGGUCGGGUUGCAACCGGGGAUGAUCGUCGAGAUCGCUUCUCCGCCCGGGUGUGGGAAAUCGAGUCUGAUGAUGAGCUUGAUGAUGAGCGCUAGGGUUGGUGUGGAGGGGAAUGUGACGGAGGACGAAGUGUUGGUUAUAGAUACUGAAGGCAGCUUGAUACCUUCCAAAUUUAAAAGCGCAGCACAGGUAACGCUCAGCAGCUACUCAUCAACCGCCUCGGUCAACGACGUCUUGCAGGGCAUUCACCUCGUCAGGGCGACGACGCAGAUCGAAUUCCUGGCUUUCUGUCAUACGAUUGAGUCGUGGUUGAGCGAGCAUGAUAAGGUCCGGCUGGUCGUCAUCGACACAUUGUCUUACCACUUCAGACAGCCGAAUACCGAUCUCAACCUGAAACGUCGGUCGAUGGACUUGAUCAAGCAGAAACUCGCCAAGGCGUCGACGACGUAUGGAUGUGCGGUCAUGGUGGCCAAUCAGAUGGCUACCAAGAUCUUGAAUGCCGAGAACAAGCCGGCGAACUUUGAUACCGGUGACAAGGCGGUGAUGAUGCCUCAGCUAGGCGAUACGUGGAUGCCGCCAAAGACGAUCAAGGUGGUCCUCUUCCGUUCAGGCGGAGGAUUUGGCGAAAGACACGCAUUCGUUGCGAGACGACCGGGCGAGACGGAAGACCGGCCUUGGGCGCAAUUUGACAUUGAUGACCAUGGCCUCGUCACGGACGUUUUCGAACCAGAAGAAACUACUUAGAAGAACCCCUUGAUACCCGGAAUCGA